CUCCAUAUAGGGUAAACUAAAUUUGACUCUGGGCCACAUCAAACAACUGCUUCCUCAGCUGACGCUCAGUUUCAUACCAAUUUUUAAGCGCGACUCACCUCUUUGUGGAAAUCAUUUGAUAUCAGCUCAUCUUUGAAAGCUAGAGGCACAGCAACGGAAGACAAAACAUACAACUCUAUUUGUUUCUUCCUUGAAGCCUAAACAUUCCUAAAACGUCUUCUCUUAGUGCGACUCACCUCUCUGCAGAAAUCAUUGAUAUCAGCUCAUCUUUGAAAGCUAGAGGCACAGCAACGGAAAACAAAACAUACAACUCUAUUUGUUUCUUCCUUGAAGACUUAACAUUUCUAAAAAGUCUUCUCUUAGGUCCGUAGAUCAUGGUGAGCAGCGGGGUGAUUCUCAUGGUGUACAUAAUUACCUUCGUGAUUGGCUUCCCAGCCAACCUCCUGGCUCUCUAUGCCUUCAGUGCCAAGAUCCAUGUCAAGGCAAAUCCAACAGACAUCCUGCUACUCAAUCUGACCGUCUCCGACCUGCUCUUCUUGCUCAUCCUUCCUCUCAAGAUGAACGAGGCCAUGUCGGGCAUGACGUGGAAUCUGCCCCGCUUCCUGUGCUCCCUCACCUCCUUCAUCUUCUUCUCCACCAUCUACACCAGCUCCUUGUUGCUGAUGGCUGUCAGUCUGGUUCGCUACAUUGCACUCGCCUUCCCUAUCACCUAUCAUCGGCUGCACAAACCUGUGUAUGCAGUAGUGAUGGGUGCAGUCAUUUGGCUGAUCUCCUUAGCAAACUGCAGUAUCACUUUCAUCACCCAGUACCACCCAGCCCUAGCCAGUGAAUCCCUUGAUGGCCAGGCCCAUGCUUGCUAUGAGAACUUUACGAAGAAGCAGCUGGAUGUCCUCCUCCCGAUACGUUUGGAGCUUUCCAUUGUCUUCUGCCUUGUUCCUCUUGUUAUUUGUGUUUACUGCUACGUGCAAUGCAUCUUGAUCCUGUACAGCCGCCCCAGGAUAUCCCGCAUGCAGAAGCAGAAAGCCAUUGGUAUGGCCUUGGGGACUCUGGCCGUGUUCCUCAUUUGCGUGCUACCAUACAAUAUCUCUCAUUUAGUGGGUUUCAUUGAGGGUAAGAGUCCAGAGUGGAGGUACUACGUUUUGCUGCUUAGCACCUUCAACACCUGCAUUGAUCCCAUCAUCUUCUACUUUUCUUCCUCUAGCUUCCACUGCAACAGUAAAAAGUCAAUUUUCAGAAAACGUAAACUCAAUGUUUCAGAGUUACAAAAGCAGGUCACAGGCUCUAACCCAGGGUGAAAGACAUUGUCCAGCUUUAAUGUUAUUAUUGUACAGUAUAUUAAUCCAUUCAUUAUCCAUCUAUUGCCUCUACCACUUAUCCUGAAGCCAUUUCUACCCAGCAAGAAGUACCAUAUGCUUCAGAAGUUGUUUUAAUUCAAGCUUAAAUUUCACAUUAUUUAUCUUUUUAAAACCAAGUCUUAAAACAUCUGAAGUGUGAUCUGAUCCUGUUAAAAGUGAAUGUGUUGCUUUUGAAAAACAAUGUAGCGCCUUUAAAAAAAAGAAUGCAGAGACAUUUUAUUUGCAUAUGCAAAAUUCCUAAUUUUAUUAUUUUACAGUAAGUUCUGUAUUAUAAAUGGGAAUUCAAAUCAUUUGCGCCCUUGACACAGUAGCUUGUGUUUCCUUUAACGCGGGUCAGCCUCUCUUCUGCACUCAUGCAUUCUGUAGGCACACAUGUAGAAUAUACCUGCAACAAAAAACAAAAGUCAGAAAUAAAGUGAUGUGCCAGAAAGGCAUUUUCUUCAGCACACAGAUAUGCAAAGUACAAGAUAGUGGCACAAUAAUGAGUUAUAGACAUAAAUGUAUUUUUUAAAUGUAAUUUUUUUUUUCUUUUCUCUAAGUUAUCCAGUAUAUCUGAUGUUAUUAUGUGAGUUUGAUAAUAUGUGUGUAUAUUGAAACUAUAUCGAGGGGUGUUUUCA